AUGGGUGGCGUGGUUGCCAUGAUUCUCAGGGGCACCCUCUAUCUGAAUGAUGUGGGUAAGAGCACUGGCGACGGUGCGAUGACCAGCUCCGGUGGCGGCCAACGUCAGGUUGAGACUACGUUUGUGACACUACAUCCGGCGCCGGCGUGGAACGAAGAGGAGGCCACGAGGCGUAUGGGAGAGGCGUCUUGCCCGUUCAACGUCCGGGCGCUGGCAGGCCGUCUCGAAUGA